AUGGAAGGAGUCACCUUGAGCAAGGAUAACCCUGCCCUGGUCCUGUGGUCUCUUAAAAGAGAUGAAAAUAGAAACAAAAAGGACACCCGAAGGUCAAGCUACCUUGGAGGUAUGAUAGUGAAAAGAGUGCAAAGCACUGGGGUGGUGGAGGUUGCUAGCAUAGUCUUAGAGACUGCAAAGUUCAGUGUUGCAGUGGCAAAGAAAGAAGCAAGGGAAAGGGCAGAGCUCCAAGCUAAGUUGGAGAUAGUUUUAAAAGCUUACAACAAUGCUAAGGAGGAAGUAAUGAGUAAAGAUAGCAUCAUUGCCAAGUUGAAAAGCCAGUUAGCAGGACAAUACGAUCAAGAGAUUAACUACACCCCACGUUCAUUUGCAUUGCCAAAGAGUAAGGCAAACCAUAGAUCUGCAGAACAGUUGAAGCCUCAAUCAAGAUUACCAUCUCUGUCUAAGAACAUUUCUAUGGAGGACACCUGUUUUGUCCACGAAGCCGUGCAGCCCAGGAUGAGCACAGUUUCAGAAUGCAGUAUAUAUUCUUCUACCGGCGGCUCUCCUGUAGCUGUUUCGCCUUGGAACGAAAUCCAAUCAAAUGUCUAUCCUACUGAGUUGAUGCUCAACUCUCAGCAAAAGCGACCCCUUUCUAACUCUCCUCCUGAUGACUUGAUGCUUGAUUCUCAGCAAAACCGUGCAUUAAUCAACUAUAGGUGCAUCUCCUCAAUGUAUAGACACGGCGGCAAUAUCUUAUCACUGGCGGCAGGAAAUGGGCUUCUGUACACCGGGUCUGAGAGCAAGAAUAUCAGAGUCUGGACAUACCCGGUGCUCAAGGAAUACAGCCGGUUUAAAUCGGGCAGUGGGUCUGUGAAUGCCAUUUUGGUGGCCCGGGACAAGAUCUUCAGCGCGCACAACGACCUCAAAAUUCGCGUAUGGCGUCGUUCAAGCUCGAAACCGAGCGUUCACAAGAGGCAGGCCACGCUCCCCACGUUGAAAGACACCCUCCACGGUUAUAUGCCCGGAAAUAAAAUGCAGGGUCGUCAUUUGAACGUGAUUUCUUCUCUCGCGUAUGAUGCGGCUAAAGACGUUUUGUACUCGGCAUCGUGGGAUAAAACUGUGAAGGUCUGGAGAAUGUCUGAUCUCAAGUGCGUGGAGACCAUUGUUGCACACGACGAGGCUGUUAAUGCGCUCGCCAUCGCCCCGAACGGGUUGCUUUACAGCGGGUCAGAUGACUGCACUGUGAAAAUGUGGGAAAGUGGGUCGUGCUUGGGAGGGCGCACAAGGCUUAUGAUGAUUAGAAGACUCCAUAUGCAGGUCUCACCCGUGAAGGCGCUGGUUUUGAGUGCAGACGGAAACACUCUGUACGCCGGGUUGUCGGACGGGGGAAUUACAGUAUGGGAGAAGAGGGAGCAAGUAAUGCAGUAUUCCUGCUUUCUUCGAGGCCACCGACACGCGGCUCUUUGCCUCUCUGCUGUGGGAAAUAAUUUGCUUUUUAGUGGAUCUACAGAUGGUACAAUUCGGGUUUGGAAGAGGGAGAUAAAGCCUCUGUUCUCUUGUCUCGCUGUUCUUCAGGGCCAAGGAGACCCUGUGAAAUGCAUCGCUACCAUUAGAGAGGAUGCCCAUAAGUGGCUUGUUUUUAGCGGUAGUCAUGAUGGAGCAGUAAUGGUGUGGCGCGUAAGAAUCAACAUGGUUGCGCCUGUUGAUGAUGGGCAUGAUUAUUUUCGAAUCUAUAAGGCUUAG